UGUGUGUGUGUGUGUGUGUGCAGGUCUCUGAUCUACCAGCACCGCUGGGUCAAACUGGAUGCUGAAUACCUGAGAUACUUCGACACUGAGAAGGACGUCUACUCGAAGAGGAUCAUACCUACAGUGUCCAUCACUGGUGUGGUCAACGUGGGAGAGCAGAAGUUUGAAGUGGUGACACACAAUCGCACUUUCCUGUUCCGAGCCGAGUGCGACUCGGAGCGGAGCGAGUGGGUCACGGUGUUGAAGAGCUGUGUCAGAGCGACCAGUCUGGACGUGACCUUUAACCCCUGCGUGAGCUACGAGAUGAGGGGUUACCUGGAGCUGCGCGGCCUGCGCUCUAAACUCUAUACGGUGGUGUGUGCGGAUAAAGUCUUCCUCUACAAAAACGCCGAGGAAUAUCGUCUGGGGAUCGGCAUCACCUCGAUUGAUAUGAAUGUUGGUAACGUGAAGGAAGUGGAUCGGAGAGCGUUUGAUCUGACCACACCGUACCGCAUAUUCAGUUUUGUAGUGUAUUGGGGUGUGUUUGUGGAUCAGUGGGUGGAGGCCAUGCGCAACUCUAUCGCAGAGGCCUUGUCCAAUUACGAAGUGGCUGAGCGGAUCUGGGCGGAGCCGUCCAAUCAGAUGUGUGCUGACUGCAGCGCUGCCAAACCUGAGUGGGCCGCCAUCAACCUGGCUGUGGUCUUCUGCAAGCGAUGUGCAGGAGAGCACCGCGGGCUCGGUCCGAGCAUAUCUAAAGUACGCAGUCUCAAAAUGGACAAGAAGGUCUGGACCGAAGAUCUCAUCCAGCUGUUCCUCGCUCUAGGAAACGAACGAGCCAAUCAGUUUUGGGCGGCGAACGUCCCGCCCAGCGAGGCCUUGACCCUGAACAGCAGCAGCGAGGAGCGCCGCCGCUUCAUCACCGCAAAAUACCGCGAGGGCAAAUACCGCCGAUAUCACCCGCUGUUCGGAAACCAGAGAGAACUCAAUAACGCGCUGUGCAUUAACGUUCAGUCGAGCGAUGUGUGUGAGACGCUGGCGCUGGUGUUCUGCGGCGCAGAAGUGAGCUGUGACACCGGAGACCCCGAGCUGGCCUCCCCGAUCGCUCUGGCCCAACACCACGGACAGAACCUGCAGGUGGAGUUCCUCACGCAGAACCGCAACACAGAACUCCCGAGGUCAGAGGUGAAGGUCUCCAUAGACAGGGUGCACUACAUGGCCCCGCCCUCUGUCACGCAUAAUGGGUUUCUAUUUAAGACCGCCUCCAUGGCUCGACCAAUCACAGAGAAGAAGGGAAAAGAAGAGUUCAGUCGGCGGUGGUGUGUGCUGAAUGACGGGAAUUUUAGCUACUAUGAAAGUGACAAAAACGCUACACCGAACGGAGGACUGAAGAUGAAGGAGAUCGUCUGUCUGGCUGUCAACCCUCCUGAGACUCAUGGGUACGAUCACACGUUCGAGCUGUACUCGGACGCCGAGCGCUUGUAUCUGUUCGGCACUGAUAAUCCCGAGACCAUGCGCGAGUGGGUCAAAUCCAUCGCAAAGUCGUUCAUUCCCGCGGCUGCGGAGGAUCUGUUACUGAAGGACUUUGAGCGGAUCGGCCGGCUGCGAUAUAAAGACAGACUGAACCGGGAGAUGUCGAGAUUGGGCUGGUUCUGUCUGGUGGGGUCCAGCCUGCACAUCCGGCUGGAGGAGCACACCACAGAUGAGACCAUCGACCUGCAGAAGCUCCUGGAGCUCUCGAUCCAGCCGGAGAAUGAGGUGCUGGUUCUGGUGGAGCGAGGCAGGACGCUGUACAUCGAGGGCGAGAGGAAGCUGGACUUCCAGGGCUGGGCGGCGGCCAUCCAGAGGGCUGCUGGGAGUACUGGAGACACACUGAGUCAGCAGCAGCUGACCGAGGCUGACAUUCCCGUGAUCGUGGAGCGCUGCAUUCAUUUCACCACACAAUACGGUCUGACCUCGGAGGGAAUCUACCGUAAGAGUGGCGUGAACAGUAAGAUCGCCGCCCUGCUGGAGGAGUUCAGACGCGACGCCAGGUGCGUUUGGCUGAAGGAAGGUGAACAUCAGGUGGAUGACGUCUCUAACGUCCUCAAGCGCUUCUUCAGAGACAUCGAGGAGGGAUUGUUUGGCCAGGCGGCGGACAGCUGGCUCAGCGCUACAGUUUUUUCAGAAGAGAGCAGUCGGAUCUGUCAGUAUCGUCUUCUGUUCAGUAACCUUCCCCGAGUCAAUCAGGCCACACUACGAGCGCUGGUUAAUCAUUUAUACUGCGUCCAGCGGUUUGCGGAUCUCAAUCAGAUGACUCUUCACAAUCUGGCCAUCGUGUUCGGACCGACUCUCUUCCAGGCGGACGGGCAGGACUACAGCGCCGGCCGGGUCAUCGAGGAUCUCAUCCAACACUACGUCACUAUAUUCGAUGUGAACGAGCAGCAGCUGCAGAAGCAGUUAGAUGAGAUCACAUACAUCAUAAAGCUCAGAGACAACCUCACGCCUAAAGCAGGAACGGGCAGUGGUGAUUUUAUCUGUACAGUUUACCUGGAGGAGAAGAAGGAAACAGCUGAACAGCAUGUAAAGAUUCCCGCCACGAUGACAGCAGCUGAACUGACCUUCGAGAUCCUGGACAGACGGAAAAUCACUGUUAAGGAGAAAGACUACUGGUGCUGCUUCGAGGUGAACGAGAAAGAGGAACUGGAGCGGCCGCUGCACUGUCAGGAGAAAGUGCUGCCCAUCUUUCAUUCUCUGGGCACCGACAGCCACCUGCUGGUCAAGAAGCACUUCUCCAUGGAGGCCAUGCUGGUGUAUCUGGCCAGUAAAGUGGAGGUGUCCAAACACGGUAUGAUGAAGUUCAGAGAGGAGAGGAGUCUGCUGGGGUUGAGCACCGGGAGCUUCAAUGACCGAUACUUCAUCCUGACCAGCACCUCGCUCAGACUCUAUAAAGAAAUCCGGAGUAAUCGUCCAGAGAGAGAGUGGCCCGUCAAGUGUCUGAAAGUCUAUCAAGGCAUUAAAAGGAAGCUCCGUCCACCAACAUGCUGGGGUCUCACAGUCUUCUAUGAAAAUGAGAAACAGGAAAAGCAGGAGAGACAGCAGUGGUAUCUGUGCUGUGACACACAGAAUGAAAUGAGGGAAUGGUUCGCUACCUUCAUGAGCAUACAGAGCGGAGGUCGUGUUUGGCCGGCGGAGUGGUUGAAAUCUCGUGCGGCGAAUCACUCUGUGCCGCUGGACGCUCGCUUCGGUAACGUGUCUCUGAUUCCUCUGCGGGGCAGUGAGAACGAGAUGAGGAAUAGUGUCGCCGCUUUCACAGCCGAUCCUCUCGCCGUGAGUCUAAUCAGCCAAUCACAGCCGGGCUCGGCCAAUCACACAGCCAAUCACACGGCUCUCUGCUCCCAGACCCAGUGAGCUCAGUCUUAUGUUUAAUGCAGAAUU